CGUUGCCGUCUCUCCGUCCAUUCAUACACAAACAUACGCGUGCCCAAACGUGUUUCACAAUUUCAUUCUAUAAACAUCUCCUCUCCACAAACUGCACCACACUCUCCAGUUUCUAGUUUCUUCUUCCCAGAUCCAUUCGACACAACACUACACUACUCAGAGACACCGCCAUGGAAGCAGCCACUGGUUCAACUUCAACCCUUGCCAUUGGAAUUGGAUCGCCAUUUCGGGACACCGACCCCAGGCCCCCUGCCUCCCGUUCCCUUUAUUUUCCUUCCGAAUCCCUCAUCUCUGUUCCUCAUUAUCGGUCCUUCGUUUCUCCAUCAAAACUUGGAAAGAAGUCGAUUACUCUCCCCUGUAGUGGCCGGGGUCGGGGAUUGGGAUUCCCAAUGGUUAAAGCGUCUCUGUCUCCGGAUCCGGAUGGUUCUGCUGCCCAAAUUGCUCCACUUCGGCUCCAGUCUCCAAUUGGCCAGUUUCUGUCUCAAAUCCUGACUACCCAUCCCCACCUUCUUCCUGCAGCCGUCGACCAGCAGCUUCAACAGCUGCAGACCCAACGUCAUGCUGAAGAACUAACUCAAGAGCCCUCCGCUUCAGCUACUCAUGACAUUGUCUUGUACAGGAGGAUUGCUGAGGUUAAGGCAAUUGAAAGGAAGAGGGCCUUAGAAGAGAUAUUAUAUGCAAUGGUGGUGCAACGAUUCAUGGACGCCGAUGUUCCUCUAAUACCAGCUGUUGCCCCGUCGUCUACGGAUCCAUAUGGCCGAGUUGACACAUGGGCACGAGAUGAUGAAAAGCUGGAGCGGCUUCACUCGUCGGAAGCAAGCGAAAUGAUUCAGAACCACCUAGCGCUGGUUUUGGGGAAUCGGAUUGGUGACUUUGCGUCAGUAGCGCAGAUAAGCAAACUAAGAGUGGGGCAGGUGUAUGCUGCGUCUGUGAUGUAUGGGUACUUCCUCAAGCGAGUGGAUGAGAGAUUUCAGCUUGAGAAGACUGUGAAAGUGCUACCAGCCAGUGCAACUGUUGAGGGCUCCUUCUCCAAUGCACCAGUGCAUCCUGAAAUCUCUUCCAUGGCAGCUGAACAGGGAGAUGUUAGUCCUGGGGAGUCGGGUAUGGGGAUCAAGCCCUCCCGACUGCGAACAUACGUAAUGUCAUUUGAUGGGGAGACACUGCAGAGAUUUGCCACAAUAAGGUCAAAAGAGGCCGUUAGCAUCAUUGAGAGACACACGGAGGCCUUGUUUGGAAGACCCCAGAUUGCAAUCACCCCGCAAGGAACAGUAGAUACCUCCAAAGACGAGCUUAUCAAAAUCAGCUUUGGUGGGUUGAAGAGACUAGUUUUGGAAGCCGUGACUUUCGGUUCUUUCCUGUGGGAUGUGGAGACGUAUGUGGACUCCAGGUAUCAUUUUGUCAUGAAUUGAGACAUGAACUUACUCGUGCAUUCUGGACAAUGGAUGCCUCCAGCGAAUGUAAUGUUAACUGUAUAUGUUUUGUUUAACUCAACCAUUUACAUUUUCACAUUUUAAAAUUAUCUUAUUUUUUUAAA